AAAGUAAACUAUCACUUGAGUUUGUGACAAUGGACGACAACGACUUUAACGCGAUCUCACGUUUUCUGGUGGAGAGGCAAAGAAUCCGCCGGGGAAACUCGUCUCUGUCAAACUGGGUUGUUGACCUCUUCCGGAAGAAUCCGAGGUAUAUAUGUGACCCUUCCAACCCUCAAUUCGCCAUGGUUCAUUCCGGAACCGAUGAUUCUAGCAGAGUCCAUGGAUGUGCAUCUGGUUGCUGGAGGAUCAUAGGUAGAGCUGUAGUGUUAAGAUCGAAUCUUGGGCAGAAAAUUCUAGGAAUCAAGAGGAUUCUCAAGUUCUGCGAACAGCGAAAGCCUAGAGAGUACAGGCGUCAGGCGAGUGUGGGUGAUGGAAGAAUACACACUUCCAAAAGAUUGGGGAAAGGAGGAAUGUUAUGUUUUCACCAAGGUCACAUGCAUGUUUCAAGCAGAGCUUAACAUAUUGCUCGAUAAGCACUUCUCACGCCUAUGUGUUUCAAGAGGUACUAAGUCAUGGAAGAGUACUAUCCCUAAAGAACAGCUCAGCUUGCCCGUUUAUGGAGUCGCUUUGGCUUCUGUAGAGAGGCAAGAUCGUUAUUAUGCAGAUACUAUCAUGAAAUCUUGGGGACCGAAAUGGCCAACCUACGCCACCAACGACGUCUACUCAAAGUUCCCUUCAGAUCUUGUCGACUUUAAAGAUCCCAAGUCCUCUACAAACGGAUAUUGUUUCUAUGUCAACAAGUUUGAUGCUGGUGUUGAGACAUGUGAGUGGCUGAUGACCCCGCAAGAUGAAGAUAGGAUGAUCUAUUCUAAGGUAACCGGGAAGAUCGUGGGAAAGGUGAGGACUUUUACUUGUUUGGAAUCAGUUAGUAGAGAAGAAGAAAUGGUUAGUUGGGUGAUGGAGGAGUAUUCAGUAUUGAUGAAUAUGAAGAAGGGGAAAGUAAUCUGUGUAAUCAAGCAAGGACGUUAUAACAGAUAGAGGACGUCAAGUGGUUGGGAGUGUUGGUGAUUAAAUCUUCGGUGAUAAUCAGUCUUUUACCUUCUUGUUGUAUAAACAGCUUUGUUUUUAGGUUCUUUGGUUUCCUUAAACCAGCAUUUCUAGUGUUUGGGUCGAUCUUUAGAGUAUGUUAGGGACAUGAGAUCUUCAGCUUCCACAUUCUUUUGAUUUAUAUAGU